AAAAAAAAGAAAAAAGAAUAAACUACAAUGCACUACCAUUUUUAGAUGGAAUAAAGACUGGUGAAGUUUAUUGAUUCGAUCGACGAACCGAUUGCUCAAGUCUCUCUCUCUCUCUCUCUCUCUCAUUUUCCGUUGGUGCCGCACAUCGUAAGAUUUGACACGAUUUCGGACUACACCCAACUUUCCCAAAUGAAUGCUGAUGACGUAAUUGAAAUUGUAUUUCAAUUUUGUUGGUUUCUAAUUCCCCAUGGGUUUGGCCUGGCGGUGAAGGCUUGAGACCUAGGAGUUUGCUCCUCUCUAGUCUAAGGCUCGAAUCCCCCAGGUGCUAAAAGUUCCUGUGCUGGGCCAGUUCAUAUACAGCUUUGCUCUGGCCACCUACUAGUGGACGGAAAUUGGUAAUAUGCUGCUUGUGCUAUUUGUGAAGGAACCGUCAGAGUGAAAUUGCUGAAUAUAUAUAUUAGGGUUUGCUAUUUAUUGUGUAACCUGAGAAAGAAAAAAAAUAAAGGAGGAAAAUGGGUAGUCCACAGUUUCCAAAGAAAAGAGUGGCCUUUGUGCUGAUUGAUGGGUUGGGUGACGUGUCAUUGCCAAGGUUGGGAUACAAGACACCUCUUCAGGCAGCAAAGUUACCCAAUUUGGAUGGUAUAGCAUCUGCUGGGGUUAAUGGAUUGAUGGACCCUGUUGAGGUUGGCUUAGCUUGUGGAAGUGACACUGCUCAUCUUUCUCUGUUGGGUUAUGAUCCUCGAGUUUAUUAUCGCGGACGAGGGGCUUUUGAAUCCAUGGGGGCUGGAUUGGCCAUGUCUCCUGGUGAUAUUGCUUUUAAGUCAAAUUUUGCAACUCUUGAUGAGAAAACUGGAGUUGUCACUAGCAGAAGAGCUGACAGGCACUUUGAAGAAGAAGGUCCCAUACUAUGUGCUGCCCUUGAUGGAAUGAAGCUUCCAUCUUUCCCUGAAUAUGAAGUCAGAGUCAGAUAUGCUACUGAACAUAGAUGUGGAGUGGUUGUUAAAGGACCAAAUUUGAGUGGAAAUAUAUCCGGAACAGACCCGUUAAAGGACAACCGCUUACUUUUGAAAGCAGAAGCUUUAGAUGAUUCUCAUGAAGCAAGGAACACUGCUGCUGUUGUUAAUGAGUUGUCCAAGGAAAUUACAAAGAUUUUGGUUUCUCAUCCUGUGAAUGCUAAACGUGCUGCAGAAGGGAAGAAUAUUGCAAAUAUAGUCCUUUUAAGAGGAUGUGGCAUUCGAAUUGAGGUUACGCCAUUUUUAGAAAAACAUGGUUUGCAGCCAUGCAUGGUUGCUCCGACGAAAAUAAUUGCUGGUCUGGGUUUGUCACUUGGUAUUGAUAUUCUAGAAGCUCCUGGAGCAACUGGUGACUAUCGAACUCUACUAACAUCAAAAGCAACAGCAAUAGCUAAAGCACUCUCGGCUCCUUCGCAGUCUUGCCCCCAAGUUUUUGUACCUGGAGAGGAUGAGCAUAAAGCAGGCCGCCCAGAUGGCUAUGACUUUGGAUUCCUUCAUAUUAAGGCAAUAGAUGAUGCAGGCCAUGACAAAGCAAGCAUUCUUAAAGUCAAAGCAUUAGAAGCUGUUGAUACUGCUAUAGGGCAAUUGGCAAGAUUACUCUGGGAAGCAGAAUCAACCGGAAACUUUCAGUUUUUCCUUUGUGUCACAGGAGACCACUCUACUCCAGUAGAAUAUGGAGAUCAUAGCUUUGAACCGGUUCCAUUUGCUAUUUGUCGGUUGAAGGACUUUGUUGGUGCAAUUGGCGAAUCCGUUGUUCGCCAAACUUCUCUUGAUCCAUUUCCUCUUCCAAGUGUUAAGUCUGGUGAAGACUUGACUUUUGAUUUGGAAACUGAAGAGAGAGGAGAUAUAUGCUCUCAAUCUUAUAGCGGCGAUUCAGUAUAUGAAUUAAAUGAAAUUGCAGCUGCAAGGGGAUGUUUGGGGCGUUUCCCUGGAGCAGAAAUGAUGGGAAUCAUAAAGAAUUUCCUUAACCUAGAUGAAGAAACUAUUUAAAUAAGGAAAUAUCAUGGAGAUUUCCAAGUUAACACUUUUUGCUCUUACUCUGAAAGCAAGUGAUAUGGGUCCAAAAAAAUCAAAUUUUGAGCUUUUAUAUUUCUGCAAGUCUUUUCUACAAAUAACAAUGUAUACUCCGCUUAAAUAAAUUUCACUCUGUUGUUUUUCUUUUGUUAACAAGAUUAGCAAGAGAAAACAAGCACAUGGCAGACAGUGGUGCAAAAGUCACAAAUGUUGAUACUAUGGUGCUUCUCUUUUUAACCUGUGCUACCAGUAUAUACAAUUACAUGUGCAGAAUCAGUUUUUCAUUGUAUGCUUGCAUCUUUCAAUCCUUAGAUAUAAAAAAUAAGUGACUAUGUUAAUCUUUAAACCAUA